UAAUUUGAUUCAUGUUGUUUGCUGAUAUUUAGGGCCAAUUGUUCCAAUUAAUGCAACGUUUACAGAGUACAACACCACAUUUCAUUCGUUGUAUCAAACCCAACAACGUUCAAUCUCCUGGAAUGUAUGAACAAGAACUUGUGCUGCAGCAGCUAAGAUGCUGCGGGGUCCUAGAAGUUGUUCGAAUAUCAAGAUCUGGCUUUCCUACCAGGAUGACUCAUCAAAAGUUUGCCAGAAGGUAUGGUUUUCUUUUACUGGACAAUGUUGCAUCGCAAGACCCACUAAGUGUUUCAGUUGCAAUUCUUCAUCAGGUCAAUAUUCUGCCUGAGAUGUAUCAAGUUGGCUACACACAAUUGUUUUUCCGCACUGGCCAGGUAAGAUGUACACUUUCAAUUGACUCUGCAAUCUAGUUUAUUCAAUAA